CCAAAUACAGACGCCCCCUCCGAACCCUGCUUGAUCUGCACCGCUGUCCUGCCCAAGAUGACUGUUACUGAGACGAUCAAGAACACCGUUGGCCUUGGGGACGGCACUGCUGCCUCCCGGCAAGAAAUGUCCGACGCCCGUCUCCCCCUCCAGUACCGUGACUCGUGUGCGAACCUCCUGAUCCCAUUGAACCGAUGCCGACAGGCGGAAUACUACCUUCCCUGGAAGUGCGAGGACGAGCGCCACAGCUACGAAAAGUGCCAGUAUGAGGAAUUCAAGAAGCGUGUCGCCAAGAUGGACGAACUCCGUGCGGCCAAGGAUGGUGCCCGGAGCAAUUGAGAUAGUUGCAGGCGCAUAUGGCGGAAUCGUUCGAGACAAAGCAAAAGCAGCGGGUUAUGUACAUAGCGAUUGUGGAACUGCAUUUCCAUUCACACACAGAAUCUGGCGUUGGGAAUCCUUUGAGACGAUAUGCCGAUACCAUCCCAUUGAAUUCCUGGGCCCAAUUGGUUCUCAGCCUCGUCUGUAGUAUCUGAUGAUAUAUCCUGUCGGCGUGAGGCAGUAUUGCUCCGUGUUCAUAGGUAGUUCAGAUGGCGAGGCUCCCGGGAGAUCUCCGUGGGGACCAGGCGAACCAGCUGCCUUGUAUUACGAAGUGACAGAAAAAGGUAGGACCGGGAAUUUUGCUCUCUUUCUCCUUCUCUGUUUUCCUUCUCGUCUAUUCUUUCC